UCGAAUGCCGCCAAGAGUGGUCAAGAAACUUCACUACCAUCUGAUAAUAUUGCAAAUGGACCAAAGGUCAUCCAUGUAAACAAUCACAUAAAUUUUUCUCAUAAGGAGCCUCUUGUGACCUGGGUUCACAAAAACUUCCAGGGUACAUUGACCAAUGAAACAAGGUGCUUAUGUUGUGAGACCAUAACAGCCAGGGAUGAAAUGUUUUUUGACUUGAGCCUUGAUAUUGAACAGAACAGUUCAAUUACAAGCUGCCUUAAAAAUUUUAGCUCCACCGAGACUUUGAAUGCCGAAGACAAAUUCUUUUGUGACAAGUGUUGCAGGUGAGAGUUUGUCUGCUUUUAGUUUUUUUAGUUCACUGUAAUCCAACUACAUUGAUGUUUUUUAGCCUUAAUUAAUUUUCC